AAUAUGCAACUCCUCGCUCAGAAGGGCAUCGCGCUCACCAACUACUUUAGCACAACUCAUCCUUCCGGGCUUAAUUAUUGUGCCAUUCAUGGUGGCGACAACUUUGGAAUGGAUAAUGACAACUGCAACCAGAUUCCCGCCAAUGUUUCUACGUUGUUUGAUCUUUUGGCAGAGAAAGAUAGUUCGUUUGGAGAAUACCAGGAAGACGUGCCCUACACUGGCUUUGAGGGAUACCAGUACCUCGACCCAGAAGCUGGUGCUAAUUACUAUGUCCGAACACACAAGCACAAUAUUGACUUUUCCAGCCCUGCGGUUCUGUACAAUAAGAACGUUGAAGAAUCAACUAAAUUGAACACCAUUAAGAGAUUUGUUGAGUUCUACGAUGAUAUGGACAGCAAUGAGAUGCCUCAAUAUAUGUUCAUCACACCAAACAUGCUGAACGAUGCCCAUGAUACGGGCAUAGUCUAUGGUGCCGAUUGGUUGUAUCAAUUCUUGGAGUCAAUCUUGGAAAACAAGAACUUCAUGAACACUCUUCUUAUCAUCAAGACGUACCCCAUCGAGAACAGAUUCAUGCCCGUCCUACUCUUGGAUAACUUGCCCGCAGAACUUGUCAACACCACUGACGACACGUUCUACACCCACUACUCGAUUCUCGCGACCACCGAAGCCAACUGGGAUCUCCACCACCUUGGUCGAUGGGAUACUCACGCCAAUGUCUUGAAGUUUGUUGCCAAUGCCACUGGCGAUAUGAUCCGUGCUCCAGACGUGAAUCUUGAUAACGUUUCAUGA